GGAGGCGGAAGUGUAAAAUAAAGCCGGAAGUUAUGUACUAAGGCGUUUGAGAGAUGUCUUCAGAAUGUUAAUCUUUUUUGUUUUUAAUGGUCUGAUAUGGAGAACCGUUAAUUUGUGAGUAAUUGGUCUGAAUAUGUUUUUUAUCUGAACCGGACAUGGCACGAGUGGCUGGAGAUAUUAUUCAUUUAAACGUCGGAGGAAAGAGGUUCAGUACCUCCAGGCAGACUUUGACCUGGGUCCCUGACUCCUUUUUCUCAAGCCUUUUGAGUGGCCGGAUAUCCACCUUAAAAGAUGAAACAGGAGCGAUUUUCAUCGAUCGUGAUCCUUCACUUUUUGCUCCUAUUUUGAAUUUCCUGCGCACUAAAGAACUACAUCCCAGGUCUAUAGAUGUUAAUUUACUGAUGCACGAGGCUGAGUUUUAUGGAAUAACACCAUUAGUGCGUAAGCUGCAGCUGUGUGAUGAACUUGAUCGCUCAUCAUGUGGCACAGUGCUGUUUAAUGGCUAUCUGCCUCCUCCAGUGUAUCCUGUGAAGCGCAGGAACAGACACAGCGUCGCCGGCUCUCAGUUCAUGGCUGGCCGUGCUGUCCCUCUAGAGCGAGCGACAGUCCGACGCAGCAACACAAUGCCUCCCAAUUUGGGCAAUGCUGGCAUACUGGCAAAGGCUACUGCUACAGAAGCUACAAUGUCAGGUCCAGGCUCAGAUCCAGGAAUGGUGCGGAUCAUAUGUGGCCAUCACAACUGGAUUGCAGUGGCUUAUGCACAGUUUGUGGUGUGUUACAGGGUUAAGGAGUCGACAGGGUGGCAGCAGGUGUUUUCGAGCCCCAGGUUGGACUGGAUCAUAGAUCGAGUCGCACUCAAUGCAAAAGUCAUGGGCGGGUCACUUGGAGACAAUGACAAGAUGGUUGCGGUGGCAUCUGGGACAGAGAUCAUAUUAUGGGGAGUCUGUCCUGAUGGAAAUGGAAACGAGAUCGGUGUCUUUAGCUUAAGUGUGCCGGUGGAGGCUCUGUUUUUUGUGGGGAAUCAGCUCAUUGCUACAAGCCACACGGGGAAAGUGGGUGUGUGGAACGCUGUAACCAAACACUGGCAGAAUCAGGAUGUGGUUCCCAUAAACAGUUAUGACACAGCAGGGUCCUUCCUCAUCCUUGGCUGUAAUAACGGAUCCAUUUACUACAUUGAUGUACAGAAGUUUCCAUUAAGGAUGAAGGAUAAUGAUUUGCUGGUGACAGAGUUGUAUCGAGAUCCUAGCGAAGAUGCCAUCACAGCACUUAGUGUCUAUCUUACACCUAAAACGAGUGACAGUGGGAACUGGAUUGAGAUUGCAUAUGGCACCAGCUCAGGAGCGGUGCGUGUAAUUGUUCAGCACCCUGAGACCGUGGGCUCGGGGCCACAGCUGUUUCAGACAUUCAGUGUUCAUCGGAGUCCUGUAACUAAAAUAAUGCUGUCAGAGAAACACCUCAUCUCAGUGUGUGCAGAUAAUAACCAUGUGCGAACCUGGACUGUAACACGGUUCAGAGGAAUGAUCUCCACUCAACCAGGCUCCACCCCCCUCAGCUCAUUUAAAAUCCUCUCACUGGAUGAUAUUGAUGGACAUGCAGGCUGCAGUGCUGGCACCGAGAUUGGUCCAUAUGGAGAGAGAGAUGAGCAGCAGGUGUUUAUUCAGCGUGUUGUUCCUGACACUGAUAAACUCUAUGUACGACUGUCCUCUAAUGGCAAAAGGGUGUGUGAAGUACGCUCUGUGGAUGGGACCUCCAUCACAGCUUUUGUGGUUCAUGAGUGUGAGGGGUCAAGCCGCAUCGGGUCAAGGCCACGCCGCUUCCUUUUCAGUGGCCAUAGCAACGGCAGUAUACAGAUGUGGGACCUCACAACAGCAAUGGAGAUUGCGGCCAAGGUGGACAUAAAAGCGCUAGGAGGCCCUACUGAGGAGGAGCUGUUGGAGUUGUUGGAUCAGUGUGACUUGGCACUGACCAGAACACCAGACAUGAGUCCUGCUGUAUCACUUACACACUCUUCUCGCAACUCUACCUGCAGUCUGCAGUCCCAGUUGAGUGAGAGUGCUCGUGUUAGUGUCUCUGGUGUUCGUGGUGUCACUCCUCCAAGACCUCAGCACCCGUUUAUGAGAGCACGUGAUAUUCCUCCUAAUCUCGGCCUCAGCAUGAGUUCUCUGAGCAGCAGCACGAGUGAACGAGAGAGGGAGAGACACCAGGACAGAGAGAGAGACAGAGAUUGUCUUUUUGCUCCUCGGAGAGGCAGUUUUGUGGAACGAUGUCAGGAACGAGCCAAAAUCUCAGACAUUGCUGGAACAGAAGCUCGUCUCGGCCUCAGACCACAGUUAUCAUCAUCCGCAUCCAGACGGCCUGCCGCCUCUGCCCCAGGCCAUGCCUCCUCAUCAAAUUUGAGCCCAAUCAGAUCACAGACACCCACAUCUCCACGACGAGGACCAACGUUGCCUGUAGGUGAAGCCACACCCCCUGAUGCAGGGCCUAAACCAGACAGCCCCUCUUCCCCACCAACCACCAGUCCUAAACCACAUAUGAAUGAGACCAGCUUCUAAUUUGCUGACUUAAAAAUAUUGUUUAAUUGACAUGUAACCACUCAGCCAUCCACCUGCUGUUCAGGACCAUGAGUGUGAAUGAAGAAGUAUAUCAAAUUUGUAUUUUUUUUUCUUUCUUUCCUUUUUUACUUAAUGUUCUCCUUACUUCAUCACUUUAUCAUUUCUUUUAAGAUUGUCUUCCAGCGCUGUGAGAGAAAGAGAUGGAGAGAUAUCACUUGCUUUUUAUCUAUUUACCCAGUGUUUGAAACCUGCGCAAGAACUCUGUGUGCUCCUCCCACAUACAUUUUCAGGAAAUUACUGCUUUGUAACUUUAACACAGGGCUACACAAUAGUAUAAUGUUAUAAAAUAAGGAAGGAUAUUAUGAUAAAUGAUGGGUGUUGACCUUCAGUCAGAUUUAUCUCGACUUUAUCUGGUGAUGUGCUGAUAUUAAAUGUUCAUAUCCUAAUUUUUGCCUGACAUUUUGAUCAUAGUUUAUGAUUUCACUAUUUGGUGUUUAAGUGUGAAUGUUUAUGGUGUUUUAAAUGGGUCACUAAGACCUUGGGACCAGUUUAAACCAUGUAGCCCCAAAAUGCAGUCUACUGGCACACACACAAGUUAUAAAUGUCUUUCCUAGUAUGUAUAUAUGGUUACUUUUUUAGUCACAGGUUGUGGCGUUCUUUUAGAUAUUUCAUCAUUGCCACGAAAGUUUUUCCAUUUUGUAGUCUUUAUUCACUGGAUCAUGUUGAAUAGUCUGUAACCCCUUAAAUUCCUGCCUUAUUAUUUUGUUAUUCAUCUUAAAAGUACAUUAUACAGCAACUGAUAUCAGUUAGUAAGUAUUUAGUGAACAUUUUAAGACUGCCUGGACCUGCGGGCAUGUCCUGGGAAUUUAAGGGGUUAAUAUGAAGUAUUCCAUAUGUGUAUGCGUACAUAUAAGUAUCCCUACAGUGUAUAAAUAUUUAUAUAUUGCCAAUUCAAGUUACAACAAAUUAAAAUAAAUAUUGUAUAUACAUUC